AUGGCUCAACGCGAUCCCCAUCCCCGUCCCGCCCGUCUCGACCUUUCACUCGAACGCCAAAACCUUGCCGUGGGACUCCCUUCCAAUUCUGAUACUCUCAACGCUUCAUCUGAUGUACCACGGGGCCGACCACCCUACCGCGAUUCCCACCACACUGCAACCUCCCCUUCGCCCUCACCCGGCCGCACCAGAUCGCAGACCCUUCCCGUCGCUGUCAUAACGCCCACCUUCAAUACCGCCAAGGCCUUCAAGCGCAAGCCUCUUUCUUCUACCGCCUCCCAGAUAGCUGCUAGCUACGGCUCCGGUUCCAGUAGCCCAGCUAUUCUGUCACCCGGUGACUUGCCCAUGCCCGAGACACGUUUCUCGCGGUCUUAUUCCGUCGACAGCCCUACUUUGUACGAGUAUCCCUCAGAGGACGUACGACCUCUGUUUGCGCCUCCCGCCGCUCAUCAGAAGCUUGACAAGCCUCCCCCACCUGCCGACAUCUCAGACGACGCGGCUCACUUUGCCUCGCGAAACAUCCCAAGCACCAACCUUGCAGCUCCUCAAACAAAACCUUCAGACGGCCUGUCAGAAGCUGCCUACCUGACCGCCGACGUCACCCCAACCUUCUCCCCGAGGUUGCCGAAAGCGAUACCUCACCCGAUCAUCGAAGAGGAGGAGGAGGACACGGACGAAGAUUCCGAGUCAACCUACAGUCACAACACUAAUGAGAACUCUAUCAUGUCCUUACCCGCUACCAAACCUACCCCUCCUCAUCUGAAUCUUUCGCUGAAUCGACAAGAUUCAUCACAGACAGUCACAACAGUGCUCGACGCGCCUCUGUCUAUAACUCCAUCAACCUCAGCGACUCCGACACCAUCGAUCAACAAGCCGUUGCCUAAGUCACCCGGCUCCUCCAAGCUUGCCAACUUCUUUGGUUGGGGAGGAUCGCCGUCACCAUCGACAACCGAGUUCUCGUCUCUUUCAUCACCCUUCGCAUCACCACGACGUGCCACUCUGACAGAUGACACUCCUCUCACAACCGGAGUGCCCUCACUUCUGCCAGAACCCUCAAAGAGGAAUGCUACACCCACAAACGCCCUUGGCUAUUGCGAAUCACACUUGCAAACACCACCUUAUUCCUCCCUAGCACCAUCGAUUCAAAUCGAAGAGAUGGAGGAUGAGCUGAAGGCCAUCAGCGCCGAGCUGGCCUCGUCCAUCCGGCGCGAGAUGGAUCUCGAAGAUUUGGUUGACCGACUACAAUCCGAGAUCAACAACCCUCAAGCUCCCGGCAAGCGAACCAGUGACUACUUUUCCGACUCAGGUUACAGCUCCGCCAAGUUUAGUGAAUAUGACCAAAACAAGGAGGAGAUUGAAAAGGUCCAGAGACGCGCUGAACAAGAAAAAGCGUCUAUGCGCCUGGAGUUGACCAACAAGUUGCAGGAGGAACGCACGCGCAGGAACGAGCUUGAUCAGCAGAUCAAGGAGCUAGCCGAAAAGGCAUCUCAGGUCGACGUUGCUCAAAUCAACAGCGAGGAUACCAACAACCGCCUCAAGGAGUUGGAGAAUACUUGCGAGGACUUGCGACGCCGACUAGGCGAAGAGGUUCAGGUCAAGUCUAACUUUGAAGACCUGCUCUCCGUGCUCAAGGUUGAGCUCCAAAGUGCCACCAACGAGCGCGACAACCUCCGAGACGAGAUCGUGCCACAGUUAAAGGCCCAGCUGGAGGGCCUCGAGGCAGAGGCGUCCGAGUACGCCAACUUGACUUACGAAUCGUCGAAGAUGCAGCAGGAGUUGGAAGCUCUGAAGCAAGAAAACAAGACACUGAAGGCCACCGGCCAGCCAGCCCAGGAAGAAACACGGUCUAGGAGCUCCACCAUUCGCUCCGCCCCUCGACUGUCCAGAUCGAGCUCCGUCACAGCAGCAUCCCCCUUCACGCUCCAAAAGGCCCCCAAGGGUCUGACCCGGUCGAAUACUGUUAAGUCUGGAGUCACCGAGUCCCGUGAGCAGCUGUCUGAGCGUCUAAAAGACGUAGAGGCCCAGAGGGACGCUCUCCAUAACGCCUUGAAGAGCUUGCUCGAGAGACAAGAGUUCCAGAACCGAGAGAACGAGAAAAAGAUCAAAACACUGGAGGUCGAGCGCGAUCGUCUCAUGUCCACCUCGCCGCGAAAGGCGGGCUUCGAGAAGGACAUCUCCAAUCUGCGCGUAGAGGUCAAUGUGUUGCGCCGGCGCGCUGAGGAAGCGGCCGAGCAAAAGUGGCAAGUCGAGAAGGGUCUUGCCGGCCUUAAGAUGGAUCUCGAUCGCGCCGAAGAGGAAGUUGCUGUGCUGCGUGGCUUGCUCAAGGAGAAGGACAUUCUCAUCCCGCCUUCAAUGGCUCGGUCCAGCGUCGACCACUCGGCCCUUUCUGCGCCUGUUACGUCAGAGUCACUUGAGGCAGCCUUCAAGGACCUACAGCUUGCGUACAAAGAGUCCCUCGACAAGAUCAGGGAACUAGAAGCCAACGGCCCCUUGAUCAGUCAAGACGAGUCGACUCAGCUCGCCAUUCAGAGGCUUGAGCAGUCUCUUUCUUCGGCAGUUUUCGAACGCGAUGCUGCAAAGGAUGAAGCUUCUGCAUACAAGGAUCAAUUAGAAAGCCUCGCCAGCAGCGAAGUAGCCCAUCUCGAGAGCGAGCGCGCACUUGCGGAUGAGCUUCGCGUCUCCGCUCAACGGGUAGAGGAGCUCGCUACCCAAGUCCAGAAGCAGUUGUCUCUGAACUCAGAGCUCCGCCAGCGUCUGGCAGAGGCAGUGGCUCGUGGAGAUGCGGACCGCAAGGCUAACGCAGACCGCAUCACACGCCUCCAAAGCCGCCUCAAGAACCUUGAAGAGCAAUUGCAAGCUGCUCAGACUGCGUCUGAAGAACGUGUCACUCGACAUGAGGAACAGCUCAGGGAGUUGAAGGAUGCGCAAAACGCUCAGCUUCGUCGUAUGAGCCCUUCGCCUGCCGGCAACGGCCUACGAACUUCUCGCAAGUCCGGCCUAAGCCCUCUGCCCUCCCCUCUCUUCCCCCGGUCGCCACGCUCCAUGCCUAAGCAAUCUGUCGAAGACGAGACCCAGAUUGAAAGGCUGCGUGUCAAGGUUGUGGAGCUGGAGACAGCGUUGACGAAUGCCGAUUCUGAGAUGCAGGACGUCAUAGCCCGGAUGAGUACGGCGCAAAUCGAGGUACUGACCUUACAAGAAGAGCGUGAGGCCGCGAGGCGCGAGACCAGACGCAUCCAGCAAGAAUUGGAGAAGGAGAAGCUGAAGUCUUUCGAAGACCGCUUUAAGUCUCUCAGCGGCAACGCUUGA